AGGUGCCCACUGGUCUUUCCCAGAACGUCGGGGACCUGCGCAUCGACAGCCAGGACCUGGACAGCAUUGAAGUCGCGGAGGAGGAUCGGGGGGUGAUGCCGUCUUUCUACUCGGAACCACUGCGUGACUGGGUGGAGGAGGGGAUCAUCCAGCAUUCUUCGCUCGCGCAGGCUGCUGGCGUCUCUGACCCCUCCAUGGCGGCCCUCCCGAUCGAGUACCCAGACAAUCUCAUCUCCUUGAUGCCCAUCCUCGCGAAGUUGGGUUUCUGCCCUGAUGCCACGGACCCAUGGGAGAUGUUUAGAUUCGCGAAAAUGGAAUUGCCAGCGGUGCUAAAGGCUCGGCGGCGGAUCAAGUCCGCCAAUCUCCCGCUGCACAAGGAGCUGGGCAACGACGCGAUCAAGAUGGCCAUCUCCAACGCGCAGGUCCAGGACCUCCAGCUCUACACGCAGUGGUCCGACAUGCUUCGCUGCGCAUCUCCGCCCGUGGCGUCAGUCGCUUAUUCCCAGGCUCUGGCGACCCUGGCGGAGAAGGGUGACGACAGGGUCUGCGACACCGUGGCCGGGAAGCACGUGGUCAUGUGGGCUCCGUCCGACGCUAGUGCGCUUUCCCGGUGCCUCGCGUCGUUCUUCCGAAGUACGGCUGAAGACGCUCGGCCGGCCACGUUGAUCUUCCUGUCCACCAUGCCGUGCACCGCAGGUAUGAAUUCGGUCCGCAGCAUUACUGACAUAUGGUCCUCCCCGGCGUUAUCCGAGAGGUGGAUGGCGAUCGUCCGGGACAUAGCGUUCGUGCCAUUCUUUUUCGAGAUGAUUAUGCCUGGCCGUUACGGCUCGCCGAAGCACGACAGGUGUGGCCUCGCCAUGUUCUCUGCGUGGCACGCAGGUCCCCGUGGCGUUCCCCGCAUGAUCCACAUGGGUUUUAUCUUGCAGGUUGGCGAGUUCGCCGUCGUUAAUUUUGACAUGGUUGUGGACAAGCUCACUUCUUUUUUGGCUUUGGGCCAGCUGCAGUGUCUGUAG